AGAUUCCCCGUGCAUUCCACCAUGGAGGCUGUAGGUAAGACUUUCCCGAAAGUUAAAAUCCAGCUUGUUGUAUUCCUAGUGGGAACUAUUGGAUUUAUCAUCUUCAUGUCUGUACACAGGACAUUUCAUCUUCAAGUGCUAGGGUCGUUCCACAUACAUCGGACGUGUCCAGAUGUACUAAAGUAUAUGUUGGUUGGUUCCUGGGCAACACGGAAUAUCUCAAAGAAAGAGGAAGAUGAGAUUGAAGCGUUUUUACUUCAAGGCCUCUACGCUGUAAAUGGAAGCGAUAACUUUGAAUUGGUGGAUAGAAGAUGCGGGAACCUUGGCUACUAUCCAUGGAAGUCAAAAGAAAAAAUGGCUGACUGGACCAGAGCAUUGUGUAACCCCAGGGGAGGUAACCCUUGUUGCUAUAACAACACGUGUAUGAUGAAAACGACUGAAGAAUGUGUGUGUAAGAACUGCUAUGACCUUCGACCACAGAUACAUGCUGAAUAUUCAGACUGGAUUCCUGACGACGACAGAUGUCAAGUGGAAACGUUCACCUCCAACGCUGCCUGUGACCUACUCCGGGGAGGCACGUAUCACUUCUAUGGGGACUCCGUUGUCAGAAUGGUGUUCCUAGCCCUCAUCAUUAUAAUAAAGGGAGAUAAUCAACAUGGCGGACUUCGACCAGAUGCUCCUGCACAUAUCAAGAAGAAAUGUUCUGGAAUGUAUGUCUUUCCAUCACGCAACUGUCGGAAAUUCCUUGACUACACCCCGACACUCUGCAAUGGAACAGUAACUGCGCUGUUCCGUCAUUAUCCACAGAGUUUGGACAUUCCUAAGAUGAAAAAGGACGUGGAACAGAUUGUGGGAAAACCCAAAUCGAUCAUCUUCUUCGGUGCAGGUUCAUGGGAACAGUUUAAUAUACCUGCAGGGAGGAAGUAUGCCUUGGAGGUGAUCUCCUUACGAGCGAACAACACCUGGCCCAGACUGAUAUGGUCAGGUUUUCAUUAUUUUGGCCUGUUCCACAGACGGUUUGUAUCAACAUCAGACAAUGAACACGCAGAAACCUUCAACGUGUAUAUGAAGAACCUCGUGGAAGCGUCUAGUGUCCCUUUUUUUGAUACCUUCAAUAUGACGAAAGGAGUGAGGAGUGUGGAUGGUGUGCACUAUGGUCCUGGGGUCAACUUUGUUAAAGCUCGGAUUUUCUUGCACUACGUAUGGGAGCUACAGCGUCAAGGGAAGUGGUAG